UUUUAAUAUGUCUGAAAUUGAGCAGUUAACAUAAUAGAAGUAAGAGAUAGAGAAAAGUUAAGGAAUUUUAAAUUAAUGGGUUCUAUUAAAGAAAAAUUUGUAAUAGAAAUUCAAAAAUCCUUCAGAAGCUUUUAAAUAAUUAUGUAAAGAAGGGAAAGAAGUGUUAGCAAUAGAAGAUUUUGGAGAUUUUGGAAAAGGAUUGGAUUUGUAAGUUUAUGAAACUAUAAAUAAUCUAGAACUUAAGUAUUGAAAGAUACUAUAUUAAAUGAAGAUAAUUUUACGAAAGCUUGGGAAUAAUGGGAAUACAAACAAAAAUAAAAUGAUCAUAAAUUAUAAAUCAUAAAUGAGAAGCUAUAAUUAUUGACAAUGUUAGAUAAUGGAGAGAUGCCUAAAGAAGCCUAAAGAGGAUUAGAUUCAGCACCAAAUAAAAGAGUAUAAUUAAUAACAAAGAGUGAUGAAACAUUAGAAAAAUUAUAAGAAAGAUUAGAUACAUUAGUAAGUGAAGGGUAGAAAUAGAAAGAUAAAUAAGAUGUAGUUUAAAAUGAAUAAGAUUGUUUUGCAUAAUUUAUAGCAAAGAAGUCUGAAAUAAAAACAUAAGAAUUGUAAAUUAAUAAACUUUAAUAAAUAAAUAAUGAGGAUAAAGAAGGUAGUAAUCCAUCUAAAGCAAAGAGAAGUUAUAUUGAUUAGACACCUGCAUAUUAGAAAAAUAAGGCAAGUUUUGGAAGUAGUGGUAAUUUGCUUUAAAGUAGUCUUUAAAAUAAAGGAUCUUUAGGAAAUAGUCAAUUAUCAGUUAAAUCUUCAUUUAUUGUUGAAUCUUAGAUUUAAAUAUCCCCUUAGAAGGCGGCACAUAAUUUAAGAAACUAUGCUCCUAAUCCAUAAUAAUAAUUAAAGUCUCCCUAUGAAGAAAGGUAAAUGUAAGAGGAAAGAAAAUCUUAAAAAGCAAAUAGAAUGAAAGGUGAUCUCUAAUCUUAUAUUUCUGAAUUAUUUUAGAAUGAAAGAGAUCAAAGAUAAUAAUAAGUAAGAACAUUUGAUAGACCAACAUCUUAAGAUUAGCGAGGUUUGGCUGGUUUUGUAACUUAAAAGAGAUUAUAUCAGAAUACAUCAAAUAAAUAAUCAUUUGUAGAUGGUGAUUCUUAGAAUGUAUCAAAGAGAGUAUAAACAAUUAGGUAUUGUUGAUAAAUAUAUUAGAUAUAAAUUGGAUGAUUUUCAAUCAUAAAAAUUAGCUUAAUAUAGUUAUGUUCCAAGAACAUUACCAGAAUGGACUCCAGAUAGACCAGUGAGAUUAUCGAAUCCUAAACCUAAAUAAAAUAGUGGGAAAUAGAUAAGUCCAAAAUACACAGCUGGAAAUACUCACAGAUUAAAUUUAAAUUAUUUGAAGUAAGAAAAAGAGAAGGAUUCAAAUGAGAAAAAGUAAGAAGAGCAGUUCUGA